GCGCCUCAGGCGGCCUUCUGAGGGGCUUGCCCGCGUCAGCGCCCUGGGGUCUGACCCUGCCGUGUAGUGUCCUGGCCUGGCGGGAGGGGCGGCCCCGUGGGGGUCGUGCCUCCUGGAGCCGCCCCCCAGACGUCAGUCCUGGAGGAGGCGAGGGUUGCUCCAGGUGUUGAGAAGACUAUGAACAGAUCAGAGAACUUGCUUUUUACUGGUUCCUCAUCAGCAUCACAAGUUCAUGCUGCUGCAGUGAAUGGAGAUAAGGGUGCUCUUCAGAGACUCAUCAUAGGAAAUUCUGCUCUUAAAGACAAAGAAGACCAAUUUGGGAGAACACCACUUAUGUAUUGUGUAUUGGCGGACAGACUGGACUGUGCAGAUGCUCUCCUGAAGGCAGGAGCAAAUGUCAAUAAAACUGAUCAUAGCCAAAGAACAGCCCUCCAUCUUGCAGCUCAAAAGGGAAAUUAUCGUUUCAUGAAACUUUUGCUUACACGGAGAGCAAACUGGAUGCAAAAGGAUUUAGAAGAAAUGACACCUUUGCACUUAACCACACGGCACAAGAGCCCUAAGUGUUUGGCACUUCUGCUGAAGUUUAUGGCACCAGGGGAAGUAGAUACACAGGAUAAAAACAAGCAAACAGCUCUGCAUUGGAGUGCCUACUAUAACAACCCUGAGCAUGUGAAGCUGCUUAUCAAGCAUGAUUCCAACAUUGGGAUUCCUGAUGUUGAAGGCAAGAUCCCCCUCCACUGGGCAGCCAACCAUAAAGAUCCAAGUGCUGUUCAUACUGUGAGAUGCAUUCUGGAUGCUGCUCCAACAGAGUCUUUGCUGAACUGGCAGGACUAUGAGGGACGCACACCUCUUCAUUUUGCUGUUGCUGAUGGAAAUGUGACCGUGGUUGAUGUCUUGACCUCAUAUGAAAGCUGCAACAUAACAUCUUAUGAUAACUUAUUUCGAACCCCACUUCACUGGGCAGCUUUACUAGGCCAUGCACAGAUUGUUCAUCUCCUUUUAGAAAGAAAUAAAUCGGGAACUAUCCCAUCUGACAGCCAAGGAGCAACACCCUUGCACUAUGCAGCUCAGAGUAACUUUGCUGAAACAGUUCAAGUUUUUUUAAAACAUCCUUCAGUGAAAGAUGAUUCAGACCUUGAAGGAAGAACAUCCUUUAUGUGGGCAGCAGGGAAAGGCAGUGAUGAUGUCCUUAGGACUAUGCUAAGUUUAAAAUCUGACAUCGAUAUUAACAUGGCAGACAAAUAUGGGGGCACAGCUUUACAUGCCGCUGCCCUUUCUGGCCAUGUCAGCACUGUGAAGUUAUUAUUGGAAAAUGAUGCUCAGGUAGAUGCUACUGAUGUCAUGAAACACACUCCACUUUUCCGAGCCUGUGAGAUGGGACACAAAGACGUGAUUCAGACACUUAUUAAAGGUGGAGCAAGGGUAGAUCUAGUUGACCAAGACGGACAUUCGCUUCUACAUUGGGCAGCACUGGGAGGAAAUGCUGAUGUUUGCCAGAUUCUGAUAGAAAAUAAGAUCAAUCCGAAUGUGCAAGAUUAUGCAGGAAGAACCCCUUUGCAGUGUGCUGCGUAUGGGGGAUAUAUCAACUGCAUGGCUGUGCUCAUGGAAAAUAAUGCAGACCCUAACAUUCAAGACAAAGAGGGAAGAACAGCUUUGCACUGGUCCUGUAACAAUGGAUACCUUGAUGCCAUUAAAUUAUUGCUAGACUUUGCUGCUUUCCCUAAUCAGAUGGAAAACAAUGAAGAGAGGUAUACACCUCUUGACUAUGCUUUGCUCGGUGAGCGCCAUGAAGUGAUCCAGUUCCUGUUGGAGCAUGGUGCCCUGUCCAUUGCAGCCAUACAAGAUAUAGCUGCCUUCAAAAUCCAAGCUGUCUACAAAGGAUACAAGGUCAGAAAAGCUUUCCGAGACCGGAAGAAUCUCCUCAUGAAGCAUGAGCAGUUGAGGAAAGAUGCUGCAGCUAAAAAGCGGGAGGAAGAAAACAAGCGAAAAGAGGCAGAACAACAGAAAGGACAGUUGAGCCCAGAUGCCUGCAGACCGCAAGCCCUUCCCUGUCUGCCUAGACCCAUUCUGCAGAAUGAGACCAGCAGACAGAGCAGUGCCCCCAGCAAACAGCCUCCUACCAGCCACACAGCCCAGAGCCCUGAGCUGAGAAACAGCAGAGGGUCUCUAGGUGGGUCUCCAGACAAAGCCCCCCAGAAGGAGCCACAUGUUUUCUCAGACCUGCAGGAAACAGACUCCAGAAAGUCAAAUGAAACAUCCAGGGAACAUUCUAAAGGCCACUCUGCCUGUGUCUGCAUCAGACCCAAUGAAGACAGUGAGGGAGAUAGGCAUUUGGGAGUCUCCUCGCCUGAGAAGACCAGAGACGAGACAGUUGGUGAGCAGCGAUGUGAAAGGGGGAAAGGCACCUUGAAGCAGCCCUCCUGUAUCAGGGGGGCCAGACCUGAUGAGAAAGGAGAGGACUUUCCACAGCAGGACGGCCACUGGAAGCCCAGCAGGCGGCAUGAUGCAGCACGCAAGGCCAGAAGUGCCCCCCAGAAAAGGCACCCUCAAGAGCUCAGAGGAAGGUGCUCCCCGGCUGGUUCCAGCCGGCCUGGCAGUGCCAGUGGGGAGGUUACUCAUGCUGGGCAGAAUCCUCUCCACCAUCGCACACCAAGAAACAGAGUGAUGCAGGACAAGCUCCCAGGAGGGGUCUAUUCAGAUUUGCCACAGAGCACAGAGGAGUUGAGGUCAGGAGCCAGGAAACUGGGGACAUCUACCCUGUCUGAGGAUGUUCAGGUAUCUAAGGAGACUGAUCCAGCACCUGGUCCCCUCUCUGGGCAGAGUGUGAAUAUUGACCUUCUCCCUGUAGAGCUCCGACUGCAGAUAAUCCAGAGAGAAAGAACUAGGAAGGAGCUGUUUCGCAAAAAGAACAAGGCAGCCACCAUCAUCCAACGUGCCUGGCGAAGCUACCGGCUCAGAAAGCACCUGUCCCACCUGCUGCACCAGAAGCAGCCUGGAGCUGGAGACAGGCACAAAUGGAGUCGCGAAUGCACAGCACUGCUCCUCCAGGUUUGGAGGAAAGAACUGGAACUAAAGCUCCCAAAGACCAUGGCAGUCAUCAGGGUUCCCAAGAGCCCAUCCAAGGGCAUCUCAAGCACCAAAUCCACCAGGCACUCAGUGCUCAAGCAGAUUUAUGGUUGUUCUCUAGAAGGAAAAGUACAUCAUCAUCCCACAAGACUUUCAAAAGCCCCUCCUGCACUGCAUCUCAAUUCCGUGAGCAAUCUGCAGUGUAUACAGCUCCUUGAGAACAGUGGAAGAUCGAAGAACUUUUCUUAUAACCUGCAGUCAGCUACAAAAUCAAAAAACAAACCAAAGCUUUGACGGCCUGUGGAGAAAGAUGAAUAGCUAUGCAGAGUUCUGAUUCUCUGUGGAUGGAUUGUCUUUUACAUCUUGGGAAAACUUUAAUAUCCAUGCCUAAAGCCUUAUUACCUUGAAAAUGUCAUAACUGAAAGAAAAUAUCCAGUGAUUCCUCUGCUCUUACACAGUGCUGUUUUGUAAAUCACCUCAGCCUACAGAGAGAACCAGGACAGACUGCCCAUGCGUUACUGCCUAUCCAUGUGCCUUCAUCACAGGCAACACGGCUGGAAAUGAGAACUGAUAAUUAUCUGUAACGUAAAUGUGGUGAGCACUGCAGGGGCUGCUGGGUUGGGCUAGCUGGUGCAGGCCUCAUUUCCCGGUUCAAGUGAUGAACCUAAAUGAGACAGGGAACCUGUCUUCCUCUUUACCUGCCCAGCAGGCAUCAUUUCACUGCUUGCAUGAAAUCUACUAUAACAAACUUCCUGAUAGAUACCAUAUCCUGUUACUCCAACAUUAUCAGUCUUGAAUUUUAUAUCAGAAUUAUGUCCCAGUGUUUGUAUUUGGAAAAAAGAACUUAAGUACAUUCUCUUGACUCUUUGCAUUUUUCAGUUCCCAUGUUAGCCUCUGAAGGCCACAGGUAGGGCCAUAUCCUUCCUUGCUGUAUGGCCUUCCCAGGGCCUAGCACCACCAGCAACGUCAGUAUUAAGGAGUCAGUCAGGUAGGGUUUAUAAGCCAGGUCUCAUGCAGCAAGGUGCUAACUCAGGCCUCCGCAUCCCACUUGUACUUUCUGACCAGCUUGCGAGGUGAGCAGUCUUCUCAAAAUGCCUUUCUAUUGGCUGGCAGGGAAAACCACACACAUUCUAGUUCGAAGAACACCUGAUAUAAAUGAAACGUGGUGACUGUAAGCCCUUUCACAUUUUUUAGGGAUAAGACUGCUAUGGGGAUGUAGACAGGAAGCACAAACUAUAAACUGGGUUCAUGGCUUUUUUUAGUCACUUCUGUAAGAUCAGUGUCACGCCCAUGCUAACAGUAAAAGA